CAUUAUCUUAUUUUUUUCUAUAUAUACACACAAGUUGAAGAUCUUUUCUUCCUCAACACAUUUCUCCCGCUUCAAAAUCUUCAUUUCCACUUCUCCUUCUUCAUUUCCUUGUACCACUUUAUCUUUUGAUUCUGUUAUUGAUCCUCAAUUGAAGUUUUGAUUUCAGUCUCUUUUUAUAUCAAUCGAACGAAUCCGAAUCGAUCGAAGCAGCAGAAGACCUCUUCAACUCAAAGCCGAAACAAGAGAAUAUUUGGCUAUGGAGCAAUACUUUCACGAAAUCAUGGCACAACAAGCAAAUGGAAAUGGAAUGCAACCACCGAAGUGGAAAUCAGUUUCAGCUGCCGCAGCUGCUGAUGCAGUUACCACUACACCCUUAGACAGCUCAGUUGAUGCUUGUUUUGACUGCAAUAUUUGUUUAGAAAAUGCUCACGAACCUGUUGUCACUCUUUGUGGACAUCUUUAUUGCUGGCCGUGUAUCUACAAAUGGCUUCACUUACAGACAGCCACCAAGGAACCCGAGAAUCAACCCUUGUGCCCUGUGUGUAAAGCUAGUGUCUCCUUGUCUUCACUAGUUCCUCUCUAUGGACGUGGUCGUGGUCAGCCAUCAUCUGCAUCUGAAGUUGAACCUGAUAAGAAAGGACCUUUUCCUGGAUUACAAAUGCCAUGCAGACCUUCAGCUUGUGGUGCAAACGCCCUGACGGCAGCUACACCAUCACGAACUAUUCCUCGUCAACUUCAUCAACGAAAUCUCAUUGAAUCACAGACACGGCAACAACAUCAACAUCGUCAUGAUCAACCCUAUUUUAAUCAGCAACCGAUGUUUAACCUCGGUGGGACAACAACAAUGAACGCAUUUAAUCCAGUGGUUGAAAUGUUUGGAGAUAUGGUUUUUGCAAGAGUAUUUGGUAACUCAGAGACGACCAAUAUGUAUGGGUAUCAAUACCCUAUGAGUGGUAGUGGUAGUAGUAGACCAUCAUACUAUCAAGCAGGGAAUAGUAGUCCUAGAGUGAGAAGACAGGAGAUGCAAGCAGAGAAAUCCCUCAACAGAAUUUCAAUCUUCCUUUUAUGUUGCUUUGUUCUGUGCCUACUCUUGUUUUGAUCACUAAUAGCUCUUACCACUCCUGAUAUAUCAUCUUUAUAAAUCAUCUUGUACACAUUGUAAAAACGAGGGGUAUAUCAUAAAGCUAAUAGCAGUUGUAAUGUAAUAGACUAGUAGUGGAAACCAAUACCAACCCGCAUGGGUUUUUCUUCAUUGUCA